GUCAGUGAUCUUGUAACGGUUUUAAGCUCUAAAAUUAUCAGUUAAACUGCGCGAUCUGGCAACGCUGUCAUCAGCUGUCCAAUAAUCAAAUUGAUAAGAUUUUUCCCAUGUUUUUUGGUUGAGGUUCAGGAGAAGAUUAGAGUAAUGAGCAACAUGGAUGUGAAGGAACUGGAAGUAAACAAAACCCUGCCCUAUGACCCCUCCCUGCUCACGGUAAAUAUCUCGCUGCGCCAGAUCGAGGAGAUCGCUAUGACAGUAUCCCAGCGCUGCCAUGUCACCGGGGCCAACGAGAUCGCCUGGGCUCUAAGAGCCCUGAUGUUGACCGAUCUGACCACCUUGGCCGGCGAUGAUACGGCGGCCAAUGUCAGAAGGUUAUGCCUUCGCGCCUGCUAUCCUUUUGAGCCGCAGUUUUUUGACAAGUUCUUUGAUCGAGCCCUUAUCCCGGAGAUGCACACGGCAGCCGUUUGCGUUUAUCCCGCCAGGGUAAAAGAUGCCUACACAACACUCCAGCAGUACGACAAACUGGACAAAGUGGCCAUUGCUGCAGUGGCUACUGGCUUCCCCACGGGCCAGUAUGGUCUUCAGACACGUCUGCAGGAGAUCAGUCACGCCAUUCUGGCCGGUGCCACUGAGAUCGACAUUGUGAUUAACCGCCAAUUGGCGCUGGUGGGCGACUGGGAGGCCUUGUACAACGAGGUAGUGCUAAUGCGUAGCGCCUGUGGGCAGAGAGCUCAUUUGAAAACUAUUCUGGCCAUCGGAGAACUGGGAACUAUGGAGAACGUCUACAAAGCAGCCAUGGUCUGCAUGCUGGCGGGAGCCGAUUUUAUAAAGACCUCUACUGGAAAGGAGACUGUAAAUGCCACACUGCCCGUUGGACUAGUCAUGAUAUUUGCCAUCCAGGAGUUCAAGCGCCGCACUUGCCAGAUUGUGGGCCUAAAGCCAGCUGGAGGAGUGAAAACAGUGCGAGAUGCCAUUGCCUGGAUGACGCUGGUCCACGAAACAUUAGGCAUCCGGUGGCUGCGUCCCGAGAGAUUCCGUUUUGGAGCCUCUGGACUACUGGACGAUAUCGAACGCGUGGUGCGCGAGGGUGUCAAAAAACUAGAAGAGGAGGAAGCCCUGAGGAAUGUACCCGCCUCUAAAGAGGCUGCCGCCGCCGAGACCUUCUGCAAGGAGCUACGCAAAAAGAAGGAGGCCCCUUAAGGAACUUAUCAUCCUAGCCUUGACUCACACGGAGUGCAUUUAUUGUAGCAUUUUUAUACAACUGACUAAAACCUAUAAAAAAACA